AAGCAGCGGUCAGUAACAGUUCCGCAAAGGCUGGAUGGUUGGCGAAGAGCGAUUAGUAUACCCCGGUGUAAGCAGCCAGCCUCAUAGUGGAUGGUGAUCUAGAUGGAAUCGCAAAACAACAAGGCAACCAUGCAGUCGUUGAAGCUAGCUAUGGCGUCGGUUAGACUAGAGAUGUCAAUAUCUCAUGGUUGAAAUGGGUGGUCGUCCGAGACAAGUGAGCGCCCUGGUCACCCCUCUCAAUUGUGUAUCCAGUGAAGCAAGCCCAAAAGAAUGUUGUCCGUCUGCUGCAUCCUGCCAGCCUGGCUCCUUUUUUGACGUAGUUUGCUUGUUCGUCGUUGUUUUUGCUCGAAGUGGACACUUUGCUUAUCUGAUAAACCGCCGCUGACUCAGCUUUAUUAGUAAUCAAGAUCUGAUAAGGGAUGUUUUGGCUUUGUCAGCCUCGACUUUCAGCUCCAUCAACUUGCAACAUUCAACCUCCAGCAUUCAACUUUCGACUUUCAUCAUUAAGCUGGCGCCAACAGAGCUAUAAAAGGAAGAAUAGGGUAGCCUGUCGUGCAUUUUCGUACAAGAUUGUUUAACUUCGGUGGCGCAUCAUUAAGUUGUCGUCGAGCCAUCAAAGGAAUGCAAGUUUGCCGGUGAAUCAUGAUCUCUCAAAGCCGGCUGCAGACGGCCACCUACUUGCUAGCCGUUUGUCCCUUCUCCAUCGCCUUCUUAGUGUUUAUGAACUCGGCGGUAUCCUUUGUUGUCACGGACCUUAUUAACCUUGAGCAUGGCCAUGGCAAUGCUGUCGGAACUCUGGGUUUCGCAGACGAGCUGUUAGCUCUAGUUGCUUGUCCUCUCUGGGGCUUGAUAUCAGAUCGCAUUGGAGCAAGAUAUGUAAGGAACCUGUCAAAAACUUUGUGAUAUUGUUACUACACUACAGUUUCACAGUGACUUGUGAUACGUGAAACUUUCUAACAUGAGAAUAGGUGUCCACAAUCGGCUAUUCUAUAGUGGCCGUAUCUCUAGUCUUAUUCGUGCAAGCCAAAAAUGUUUACCCCCAACUCUUGCUAGGAAGGCUUUUAUUCUGCCUUGGUGGCUCAGCGGUAGCAACUAUGGUGACUGCGUUACUUCCGGCUAUUACAGCUAAUCACGAUAUCUCCAAGUGUCCCGCCCCUGGAGUUGCUGCUCCUAUAGUUUGCACUCCAGAUGCCGGCAACACUAGGGAUGAUGAAUCUCCCCGUGCAACAGGCCAAGAACGCUCAAGAAGCUCCGCACCCCGGCUAGCCGGGUACGUCGGUAUGUUCACCGGCUGUGGCGCUCUUAUAGCCCUCCUCCUGUUCCUUCCCCUCCCUGUGCGUUUCCAGAAAGCUGGUUACUCUCCUGCGCAAGCAAUAAAGUUUAGCUUUUAUACCGUGGGGCUAGUAGCUCUUAUUAUAUCUGUUGUGUGUUUUUUCGGGUUACGUGGCCUGCAGGGUGAUGAAGGGAAAUCCCUAAAGUCACUCGUCGGCAUCACUGAGAGAGACCACAUUUCAGGAGCAGAAGAGCAGCUUUCUGUGAGCUCGGGGAAAUCCGCCUACACGUCUUCACGUUCCUAUUUGGCACAGCUAUUGGUCGCUUUGAAAGCUGGGCUGACAGACUACAAUAUUGGAUUGGCGUACGUUGGUGGAUUUGUCGCGCGAUCAUCAUCCGUCGGCAUAUCCCUAUUUAUUCCCCUUUACGUCAACCAAUAUUAUCGACGCUCCGGACUUUGUCAUGAAGCUGGUAAACCAUCUACAGUCCAAUCUCUCAGCCCUAACCCUGGAGAUAUCAAACAGUCCUGUCCACGAGCAUAUGUCGUUGCAUCGAUCUUGACCGGGGUUUCACAGUUAGUAGCUUUAUUAUGUGCACCAUUAUUUGGCUACUUAUCCGACAAAUCCCGUCGAUACAAUUUCCCAUUGUUAAUGGGGUCCCUUUUAGGGACCUUGUCCUAUGCGAUGUUGGGAGUUUUACCAGGCCCGCGGAUCAGUGGCUCCUGGUCGAGUGCAGCAAUAUUUGUCGACAUGGCCUUUAUCGGUAUCAGCCAGAUUUCUGCAAUCGUAUGCAGCCUGGCUAUCUUGAGUAAUGGCAUAAAUGGCAUCCUACCUAUAAUGGACGAUGUCCAAUAUGAAACUCAGACUAGUGUCCCGGAAGAUAGGGUCACUGCAGACCGGUCGCUUGAAACCAUAAACGAGUCAACCCCCCUGGUAUCAGGCAAUAAUAUGUACACAGCUUCUCCACAGAAGACUUUUAUCCAUGUCAAGGGAUCCAUUGCUGGCAUGUACUCCCUUUGGGGAGGUGCUGGUAUCCUCAUCCUAACUAAGGUUGGCGGCAUCAUGUUUGAUAAAAUGUCACCGCACUCCCCGUUUUACAUUCUUGCCGGUUUCAAUGGAUUACUUCUUAUUAUAGGGUUGGUACUCGGGCUCAGGCAGCAUUGGAGCAAAGGACGAUGUCAUUGAUAUCGCGUUCAAGUGGAUUACCACGCGUAUCCUUAGCACCAUUGCGGCAGUAGGGCGAUUUAAAUAAACUUUGAAACGCCAAACAGGAAUUACGCCAUUCUUCCCUGCCUAGGUCAGCCAAUAUCCGUUUACUUACGCAUCCUAAAGGGGUCUCAACCUACAUAUCCCGAAUACGGGGUUGGACAAUCAAGAUGGUUAUAUCAUGUCCAAUCCCACAGUUCCUGUGCCGUUUAUUCCCGGGCCGUGGCGUUUUUACUUGCCCGAUCAGGAAAUCAGAAUUAAACUUCCUUAUUAAGAAUGCUGCAGAGAAGAAUCAGCGAAUAUUCUAUACAGCAAACCUCACCCUUUGCUGGCCAUUUACCUUCACACCAUCUGCAGGUCUGCCAUUUUAUGCAGUCCGCGGAUUUUGAUAUAGACAAGACCCCAUGGUUUUCACCCGCUCCGCCGGUAUAGGGCUAAAUUAUCUUCACACCGGCGGGAGCCGUGCCAUGGAAACCAAUAUUAUGGUCCACACCGAGAUUAUCUCUGGAUAAGCUUACACCGAGCCAGAGAUAGUUUAUAGCCGCCAGAUGUUUGCUACUCUUUUCCUUCCUGAACAUAUAUAAUCUCCACUAAGGGCUACGACGUGUCUACCAAGUCACUUACAUCGACGGCCGAUACCGACCAACAAUGCCCUAAUUGGAAUCAGAAAAUAUUUCGGAGUCAAGCAUUUAGGUUCUGACUGAGUAAUUUAGGCCAUCUCCUUACAAGUGUCUGGCCAUCUGAUGUACGGAGCGUCGAUCUGCUUAUCCAACAACAGUGGUGAAAAUGGAAAAGGAUAUAGAUACGCUCAGCAACUUCCUACACAUAUAAUAACUUUCCGGAAUCCGCCAGCAUAGUAAUAUCUGACCGCAGCUGAUGCAUCUUCAUGGAUAACAUAAAACCCCUUUUCUCUAGCGGCUGCCAAUUGGCAAGGUUUACUUUCGCCU